AUGAGAAAAAGAAGAAGAGAAAGAGAAGAGAAACAAGAAAGAGAAAGAAAGAGAGAAGAAAAAGAAAGAAGAAGGAAAAAAGGAAGAAAAGAAAGAAAGAAGAAGAAAAGAAAGAAGAAGAGAGAGAGAAGAAGAAGAAGAGAAACGAGAAGAGAAAAGAAGAAGAGAGAUAGAAGAAAAGAAGAAAGAAGAGAAGAAGAGAAGAGAAGAAGCAAGAAGAGGAAAAAGAGGAGAGGACAGAGAAUAGAGAAGAGAAAAGAGGAAGAGAGAGAGAAAGAGAAAGAAGGAAGAAAAAAAGGAAGAAGGAAGAAAAGAGAAGAAAGAAGAGAGAGAGAGAGAGAAAAGAAGAAGAGUAAAGACAGAGAGGAAAAAGUAGAAAGUCAGAGAAAGAAAGGAGAAGAAGAAGAGAGAGAAAAGAGAAGAGAAGAAAGUAGAAGAAGAAAGAAGAAGAAGAAAAGAAGAGAGAAAAGAAGAAGAAGAGAGAAGGGAAUAGAAAGAAGAGAGAAGAAAAGAAAGAGGAGAAGAAGGGAAGAAAGAAGAAAGACGAGAAGAAGAAGAAGAAGACAGAAAAGAAGAAAGGAAAGUAGAAAGAGAAGAGAGAAAGAGAAAGCUACUUACUUAGAGAAGAGAAGAAGAAGAGAAGGAGAGAAAGAAGAAGUAGAGAAGAAGAAGAGAGGAAGAAGAAAGAAGAAGAGAAAGGAAGAAGGGAGAAAGGAGAGGAGAGAAGAAGAAGGAAGGAGAAGAAGAAGGAAGAGAGAAAGAAAGAACGAGAAGAAGAAGAAGAGGAAGGAAGAGAAGAGAAGGGACAGAAGAAAAGAAGAGAAAAGAAAGAGAAGAAAGGAAAAGAAGGAGAAUGAGAGGAGAAGAAAGAAGAAGAGAGAAAAGGAAGAAAGAAAGAGAAAAGAGAGAGAGAAGAAGAAGAAGAAAGAAAGGAAGGAAGGAGAAAGAGAAAGAAAAAGUAGCAGAGAAGAAAGAAAGAAGAAGAAAAAAGAAGUAGAGAGAAAAGAACAGAGACAAGAGAAAGAGAGAGAAGAGAAAAGAAGAAGAAGAGAGAAAGAGAGAAGAAGAAGGAGAAGAGGAAGAGAAGAAGAGAAGAAAGAAGGAGAAGAAGAGAAGAAGAAGAAAGAAGAGGGAAGAAAAAGAGAGAAGAAGAGAAGAAGAGAAGAAAGAAGAAAGAGAAGAGAAAGAAAGAAAGAGAGAGAAGGAGAGAGGAAGAGAUGCAGAGAAGAAGAAACAGAAAGAAAGGAAGAGAAGAAGCAGAAAAGAAGAAGAAAGAAAAAGAGGAAGAGAGAGAGAAAGAAAGGAAAGAGAAAGAAGAAGAAAGUAAGAAGGAGAAGAGAGAAGAAAGUAGAAGAGAGAAGAAGAAAGAGAGAAGAAAGUAGAGAGAGAGAAAGAGAAAGAGAAAUAGAGAAGAAAAAGAAGAGAGAAGAGAGAAGAGAAGAAGAAGAAAAGAGAAGAGAAAGAGAGAAGAAGAGAAUAGAUCAGAAUAAAGAAGAAGAGAAGAAAGAAAGUAGAAGAAAAGAAAAGAGAAAGAAGAGAGAAAAGAGAGAAAGAGGAAGAAGAAAAGAAGAGAAAGAAGAAGAGAAAAGAAAAGAGAAGAAAAGAGAAAGAGAUAGAAGAGAAAUAAGGGAAAAGGAAGAGAAGAGAAGGAAGAGAAAGAAAGAAGAGAAAGAGAGAGAGAGAGGAGAGAAGAAGAAAGGUAAGAAAAGACGGGAAAUGAAAGAGGAAGAGAGAAAGAAGAAGAGAAAGAUAGAAGGAGAGAAGAAGAAGAAGAAGAUAAACGAGAGAAAAGAGAAGAGAAGAAGAAGAGAAGAAGAGAAAAAGAAGAAAGACAGAAGAGAAGGAAUAGAAGAAGAAGAACGAAGAGAGACGAGAGGGAAAGAAAGAAAAGAGAGGAGAGGGGAAGAGAGAAGGAAGAGAAGAAAGAGAAAGAAAGAGAGAACAGAGCAGAAAGAGAGAGGAGGAAGAAGAAGAGAAAGAAAGAGAGAAAGGAGAGAAGAGAAAAGAAAGAGAAGGAAGAGAGAGAAGAAGAAGAGAGAGAGAAAGAAGAAGCAGAAGACAGAAAGACAAGACAGAGAAGAAAGCAGUAGAAGGAAAGAAAGAAAGAAAAGAACAGAAAGAAAAAGAAGAAGAAAGAAGGAGAAGAAGAAGAAGAAAGAAAGAAGAAGAGAAGAGGAAGAGAAAAGAAGAAGGGGGGGAAAAAAAAGAAAAGAAGAGAGAAGAGAGAAGGGAAAGAGAGAAGGAGAAGAGAAGAGAGACAAAGAAGAAGGGAAGACGAAGAGAAAGAAGAAGAAGAGAGAAGAAGAAGAGAAGGAGAAGAAGGAGACAAGAAAAGAAAAAGGAGAAGAAGAGGAAAAGAAGAGAAGGAAGGAAAGAGAAGGAGAGAAGAGAAAGAGGAAGACAGAAGCAGAGAAGAAGCAGAAGAGGAAGAGAAAAGAAGAGAAGGAGAGAGAGAAGAAGAGAAGAACAGGAGAGGAAAGAAGAAGCACGAGAAGAAGAAAGAAAGGAAGAGAAGAGGAGAAAGGUGAAGAAGAGAGGAGAGAAGCUGAAAAGGGAGGUAAGAAAGAGAAGAGAAGAAGAGAGAGAAGAAGAGAAAAGAGAAUGAGAAGAAGAGAAGAGAGAGCAGUAGAGAAAGAGAAGAAGAAGAAGCAGAAGGAAGAAGAGAGAAGAAGAGAGAAGAGAAAGAGAAGAGAAAGAAAGAAAAGAAGAAAGAAAAAAGAAGAAAGAAAGAGAAGAAGAAGAAGAGAGGCGAAGAAAGAAGAAAAGGAAAGAAGAGAAAAGAAGAAGAGAAACGAGAAGAGUAGAGAUGAAGAAAAGAAGAGAAGAAAAAGAAAAGAGAUAGACGAGGAGAAGAGAGAGAAGAGAGAAAGUAGGAAGAAAGUAAGAAACAGGAAAGAAGGAAGAAGAAGAGAAGAAAGAAGAAAAGAAGAAGAAGAAGAAGAAAGAGAGAAGGAGAAGAAGAAGAGAGAAGAGAAAGAAAAGAUAAGAAGAGAAGAGAAAAAGGAAAGAGAAGAAAGUAAGGCAAGAACGAAAAGAAACAGAAAAGAUAGAAGAAGAGGAAAGGAGAAGAAAGAGGAGAAAGAAGAGAAAAAAGAGAGGAAGAAAGAAAAGAGAGAAAGAAGAAGAAGAAGAGAGAAGAGAAGAAGGAGAGAGAAGAGAAAAAGAAAGAGAAGAAGAAAAGAGAAGAGGAAAGGAGAAGAAAGGGAAAGAAGAAGACAGAUAAUAGAAGAAGAAGAAAGAAGAAGAAAAGAAGAGAAGAAAAGAAGGAAGAAGAAGAAAGAGGACCAGAAGAAAGAAAGAGCAGACGAAGAAGAGAAAGAGAAAGAGAGAGAGAGAGGAAGAAGAAAGAAGAAGAAAGAGGGAGAAGAGAAGAAAGAAACGAAGAAAGAAGAGAAAGAGAACGAAGGAGGGAGAAGAAGAGAAAAGAAGAGGAAGAAGGAAGAGAAAGAGGGAAGGAAGAAAGAAGGAGAAGAAGAAAGAGAAGAAGGAGAGAGAAAAGAGAGGAAGAGAGAAAGAGAAGAAAAGAGAGGAGAGCAGAAAGAAAAGAAAGAAAGAAAAAGCAGAGAGAGAGAGAAGAGCAAAGCAAGAAAGAAAAGAAGAAGAAAGGAGGAGAAGAAGAAGAAGAAGAGAAAGAGAGAAGAGAGAGAAGUAGAAGAAGAAGAAAGAGAGAGAGAGAGAAGAAGAGCAAAGAAAGAAGAAAGGAGAAAGAGAAGAAGAAAGGAAGCGAAGGAAGGGAAGAGAAAAGAAGAUAGAAAGAGAGAGGAGAAAGAUAGAAGAAAUGAAGAGGAAGAAGAAAAGAAAAGAGAAAAGAAGAGAAAGAGAGAGCAGAAAAGAGAAAGAAAGAGAAAAAGAGAAGAGAAAAGAAGAGAGAGAAGAAAGAGUAGAGAAGAAAUGAGAAAGAAGAGAAGAAAGAGAGAGAAGAAGAAAGAAGGAAAGGGAACGCAGAAGAGAGAAAGAAGUAAAAAAGAAGAGAGGAGAGAAGAGGAAGGUAGAAGAGGAGAAAGAGAAAGAAAGUUAGAAGGAAGAAGAAAUGAGAAAGAGAGAAGAAUUUUUAGAGAAGAAGAAGAAAGAAGAAGAGAGAGAAAGAAGAAGAAGAAAGAAGAAAGAAAGAAGAAUAGAGAGAAAAGAAGAGAGAGAGAAGAAGAGUUAGAGAAGGAAAGAAGAGAAAAGAAGAGAAGAAGAAGGAAGGAAAGAACAAGAAGAGAGAAGAAGGAGAAGAGAAGUAAAAGAAGAAGAGAGAAGAGGAGAAGAAGAAGAGAAGAAGAAGAGAAAGAGAAGAGAAGAAAAGAAAAAGAAAGAGAGAGAGAAAAUAAGGAGAAGAGAACAGAAGGAGGGAAAGAAAAGAGAGAAAGGAGAAGAGAAGAGAAAGAAGAAGAAGAAGAAGGAAAGGAGAAGAAGGAAGAAAGGAGAAGAGGAUAG